GCUCUAAUCUAUCAACAGGGACUUUCCAUGAUGUUGUCUUUCUCAGCCUCUACUACUAUGUUAAGCUUUAAGCUGCGUACCUUAACCUACUAAGUGAACAAGUCACGAGCCGUGCCACAUAUACCCUAUUCGUUCUCGGCUUUACUUAAGAAAGCUUCAACUUGUUCAUAUCAAAUUUCUAGAUCUAUGAGAUCUAAAGAAAACGACCGACGUUUCUGAUUAAAAAUUGAUUGAUUGAUUAAUUGAAUUGAACUUUUAUUAAUUGGUUUUUUUAACUGGCCAAGCUGGGCACAGGCACCAGGCGACCUCGUUAGAGAGUUGUGUCACCUAUCACGACCUUUCCUCUACGAUCUAGAACUCCCUUACUAUACCACUAUACCUCCACUCGCCGGACUGUCUCUUAUUUGAAACGACCUCCUACUUGCUUCCGUUCCAUAAUUAAAAAUGUUUGGAGUCAACUUUAUUCACUCCUCGUCGGAGUUGGCGCCGCCACCAAAAGACGUUCCACCUCCUACUCCCAUCAGAUUGCCACGAUGCAGUCCACAAUUAGACGAAUCCUCGGACCAAGAUGUGCAAACAUCUCUUGUUCGCUACCUUCAGCGGCUACAGCGCCCGACUGAGCUUAGAGAAUCUCACUUCGCCGCUCUUGGCGUGCACUUACAUUCAGAUGUCCCAGCUGAAGAAAUCGUCCCAAUUCCUUCCUACCUGCCUUCAUCGAUAGGAUGGGACGGUAUAAGUAUGGAUGAAGCAUAUAGUAGAGAUGCCACUUUCCGCUACCCGAUGUCUAAUGGGGGCCGUUCACCUGAUGCUCGCGCUUACUUGGACCGGCGCAAUGAACUUUCCAUACCAAACCAAGAUGCAUUUCGUACAAUUCGGCGCAUCAAACCGGAAGCAGGAAAGCAACAACGACGAUUAGGCAAUAGCUACGAGUUCUUCAAACAAAUGGAAAUUAUGGCUGCCUACUGGGAUGACACCUCAUUACCCCCGCUUCCCGCGGAGACCCAGGAACAAUCCCCGCCUUUACCACCGCGCCCCACAGAAGCUGAUGCUGGUGCCGAACAACCCGCUACCGGCGCCGCACCCGAAUCCAAUGCCCGUUCCGAAGCGGAUCCCGAAAGCGAGUCCCAGGGUCCCCAGCAAGUUACUUACCGUACUAGCGUCGGUGCGCAAAUGCCCCCUGACUUCCGCCACAAUUUCAUAUCGGCGUUUGUAAAACUCGUUUCCUACGGCUUUGGAUGCAACAUAUUCCCUCCAAGAGUUGAACCUCGGCUACAGCUUCUUUCACCACCAACCAAGAAAUCUUCAAAAUCCAAAGCACCCCCUAACCAAGUAGCAUCAUACUUCCCUUCAGGAUGUGUGUACUUGGCGAAAGCACCUACCACCCGUGAAGCCGCCCGCGCAGGUGUGACCGAAGGCCCUAUUGCCGCAGUAUCCGCGCGAAACACGACUAACUUCAAAUCCUCAGCGGAAUCCAACAUUGAUUUCGGGCGUGAGCUCAUCGCCGCCUUAAUCAUAGCACAGCAUCGCGCCCGUGAAGGCCAGCCCGAGAAGAGGUACGGCGAGGGCAAAUGGUGGGCGACUGAGAAGCGCUGGGGCGGCGGUGAAGGCGGACCAAUAGGACGAGAAGUCGACGGCGAUUCCAUCGUAGGGGAUAAAGACGCUGUGGAAUCGGAUGCCGAGCGCCCAUCUUCCUCUUCAACCCCACAGAAUCAGCCGGAAGAGAAAGCAGGCUCGUCCUCGUCCCUAUCAUUGACGAAAGGAGGUAAAGCAUCACUACCCUCUAUCCCGAUGCGCGGACAACCGGCUAGCAAGAAACCCCGCAAGAAUAUGAGCAUCUACGAUAGCUACCGCAUGGUUCGCCCACCCUCCACAAACUGGGACCGCAAAGCGAUUUACAAAGCUGUCGGUCGCCCGCGAGGCGCAGAUUAUGACGAUGUAUUCGUGCUAAGUAGCGUGUUUCACCAUUUUUCAAUACUACGCGUUCGCGUGCCGAAUCAGUUACUUAAAGUUUUCGCGGGCGAAGCGGAGGAUGUGGUAGAAACGGACGGGAAGAAAGGCAGGAGCUGGGGUAAACUCGAGAUUUGGCGGAGUAAGUGGUUUGAUCUUUUUGUUGUUGAGGAUAGACUUGAGGCUAUGAGGUUGCUUUGGGGCGUUAUUGGAUAUUCGAUGAGGAAGGAUGAGGAGCCUGAGGGUGAUGGGAGUGGGGAUGUGCCUAUGAAGAAUGCCUGAAGGGAGGAGGUAUGGUGAGGAGGGGAUUGUGAGAUGAGGAUGAAAAAGGGGUUAGGGGUUAGGGGUUGGCUUUGGCUCAUCGUCGAUCAGUAACAGAGGUUUUCUCGGACCAUGGCCUUCAUGUUGAAGACUUGAGCGCGAGAAUUAAGGCAGUACAUAGCAUGGACAGGGAAUUGGCAUGGAAUGGGAGGAACGAUCGGGUGAGGACAGCUGGUAAGCUGAGCCCGUUGGAUUUAGACAGACAUUGAUGCGGCGUGGAGUGAGUUGGAGUGAUGGUGUGUCUAGUUCCGUCGCAUUUGAUGUUGAUAUCAGUACUGAUAGACGUAAAUGAAGUGGAUGAAGCAAAAAGCAAGCAUAAUUCGUACCUACCAUGGGUGAGUGUUUGGUACGGUACGACACGCGAACUCGCUAGGUCUUCGGAAGAUAUUUGCUAAUUUGCUUUCUCGACCAUGAUGUCAUUGUAUCUAUUUUCUCAUGCUCCUAUGGUGUACAUACGCUAUGUGCUAGCGCUCUCUCGCGAGGCUGUGCCCCCUGUAGUUAUUCGUCCUACUCACCAAGAAAG